GAGACCUGUAUGGAUGAAUAGAUUUAAGACAGAUUAGUACCUGGUGUAACCUGUACUGGAAUGAUCCCUUGCUUUAUUGCACAAUAUGAAUUACAUCUUUUUCUCAAGAGUUACUAACGACACUGUCUAUUACUGUAUGAUUGUUGCAGGUGACCUUCAUGGAAAACUUGAUGAUCUGUUUAUGAUUUUUCACAAGGCAAGUACUUAGUGGUAACUUGUAAGCAGAUUAAAUUUAGGUUUUGUAGGUACUGAUUAGGGCCAUGUUAUACCGAGGAAAAUAAGCCACAGCUUGUGUUAGCUGUGGGUUAUUUUCCUGGUAUAAUUGACCCUACAUGUAUUUCUGAAGUAAGUUUAAGCAUAGUUUUGCCAUUUUCAAUAGCUGAAAAUGCAUGUAUCCUAAACCAAACUCUCCAGAGAUAUGCAUUUAAAUUAUUUUUGCAACCGCUUUGACCUUGAUUUCUGGCAAAAGGACAAUCAAAGAAAGAUGACUUUAGUCUAGUAGUUAAAUCUAUUCUAACAUGAUUAUUGUUACAUGGCUGCUCGAUUUAGCCUCUGGUAUAGGCAAUGUUUUUGUGGAAUGAGGUGAUAGAGUCAGUUCUUGAUUUAAAAUGUUUUAUUUUUCAGAAUGGUCUUCCCUCAGCUGAAAACCCUUACAUCUUUAAUGGUGACCUUGUGGAUCGCGGUCCAUACUCCAUUGAAAUUGCUAUUAUUUUGUUUGCAUUUUUUCUACUUUACCCCACGGGAGUUUACAUCAAUCGUGGUAAUCAUGAAGAUCACAUAAUGAAUCUAAGGUAUGGGUUUGUUAAAGAAGUAAUGGACAAGUAUAAGGAACAUUCAGCAAAGGUCAUGAAGCUCUUUGCAGACAUAUUUGGUUGGCUUCCUCUAGCUACAGUAGUGAACAACAAAAUACUUGUCACCCACGGAGGAAUCUCCAAUAUUACAGAUUUGUCUGUUAUCGAUAAGAUUGACCGCCACAAAUAUGUGUCGAUACUGAAACCACCAAACAUGGACAAGGCUCAUCCUGACACCGUCAACCUCAUGGAGUGGAGACAGAUUUUGGAUCUGUUAUGGAGCGACCCCAAGCCAGUUCCUGGCUGUAAACCAAACACGUUCAGAGGAGGAGGCUGCUACUUUGGUCCAGACAUUACUGAACGCAUCCUUAGAAAACACGAUUUGGAACUACUUGUACGUUCUCAUGAAUGCAAAUACGAAGGAUAUGAAUACAUGCAUGGUGAAAAGGUCAUCACAAUAUUUUCAGCAUCAAAUUAUUAUGAGCAGGGAAGCAACAGAGGUGCUUACAUGAAGAUAGGUCCUGAUAUGAAACCCUACUUUGUUCAAUAUCAAACUUCCAAGGCAAAGAAGCAUCUCACACUUAAACAAAGGGUUGGCAUUGUAGAGGAGUCUGCAAUAAGAGAGUUGAAGGAAAGAUUAUAUGCUAACAAGAGCGCAUUAAUGGCAGCAUUUUUGGAAAGAGACAAAGAAAACACGGGAUAUGUGACCGCCAGUCAGUGGUCAAGUGCUAUAGAGAGUGUGUUAAAGUUGGAUGUUCCAUGGAACAUGUUAAGACACCAGCUUGCUCAUGUUCUACCAGAUGGAAGAAUUGACUACUGCUCCUGUCUUGAUCAGUACGUCAUUGAGACAGGGCUGCACAAGAAUGGCCCAAGCAUCACAGAGACCCUUUACAGGCAUAGGUCCAACUUGGAAACAAUAUUCCGCUUAAUGGACAAAGACAAUUCUGGUUUUAUUUCAAUGGGAGAAUUUGAGGAGUCAUGUCGUCUUCUGAAUGAGCACACUAACUCAAAUAUCCCCUUGGACUCCAUAGAGGACUUAGCAAAAAGCAUAGACAUGGACAAAGAUGGUCUCAUUGACUUCAAUGAAUUCUUGGAGGCUUUCAGACUUGUGGACAGUUCAAAUUCUAAUCACGCAAAAUCAACCUUGUCCUUGAAAGAGCAUUCUCCAGUGCAUUCAAUACACAUCAUUUCUUAGUUUGCCCACUGUGCACAAACCAAACAAGCCAAGAGGAUGAUUGAGGAUCAAGGGAAUGGAGAGUCACUGUUUCUGUUGGGCAAGGAUUUUUUUGACAAGAUCUCAUUGCAAACACAUCAGGGUUAAACGGUACAGAUCACUGGGUGAAAAGUCAGAUGGCACUACAAAGGCAUUCAGCCUGCAUGACAGUAUUAGUGAAAUGCUGCCUGCCAAGAAGGGGUGUCAUCAAUAAGAAUGUAACUUUGCUAUGACAAGAAGUAUGCCAAAAAGUCAAAUGAAAUGGACACUUCUCUUAUGACGAGAAGAUGGUACAAAAAGAUACAUCAUUAAUGAUAAACAUUGUUCCAGGAGGAGAAACAGAUCUACAACACUCAAAACCGCAAGGGGGUUUAUCCUGCUGGUUUGAGCAAGCCAUGGGUGAUUAGACAGCUUAUAAAAAUAGUGUACUUAAAAACACAACAUUCACAGGCACACAUAAUGUAAAAAAAACUUAUCCAUUCGUAAAGAGUGUUAUGUGGUAUUUAUUGCGUUUUGUAUGUACUAAAGUUUGUUGAAAGAAAGUCAGUUAGAGGGAUUUUCUGCGGUCUUAGAUUCUCUUACUUUUUAUGAUGUACAGAGCUUGAGCUGUAUUCAUAUUCAUAUUGUUAGAGGCAAGUUCACGCUACUUCAGAAGCUACUUUGUAAAUCAAUAAUAGAUUUGACCAGUAAGAUUGAUAUAUUGUAUUUAUUUUUUAAUAGAACAGGAAGUCUGUAUAAUCCAACCCUUUCUUUAGUCUAGUCUUAAAAAUUGGCAAAUGCUACCAGACAGCCCCUAAUAUGUGUGUGUGGCAAAUUGAUAGAAAGCUUCUUAAGAGGUGAGGGGCUCACCUUAGUAUGUUUUUCUCAAUCACAAGAAAUGUUUUUGAGUGACACUGGAUUUAUGACCAAACAAUAGUAAAAUUUUUCGAAGUGAAAUAGUGUAAAUUAUAACAUAUUAAGCAAAUGAUGUGUUUUGGAUAAAUUUUAUAACUCAGAUUUGUAACAGCCAUAGCACGCUUACCAGUCACUGAAUUGAGUCUUGAGAAUAAUUGUGAGAAAAAUGCUAAUAAAUUAUAAUGAACCAUGUGGCAAAGAGUA